GUCUGCUUCAGGCAUCGUUAGCUGUGACUCUUCUCAGACAUGUCCUCUGAGGUGUUUGUCCGUGGGAUGCUCUACAUGUCCCUCACUGUCGUCGGAGUACCGGGAAACUCCGCCGUGAUCAUGGCGUUCCUCCUCCUGCUCCACCAGGAGAACCACCUCCUCCCUGCUGACGCCAUCGUCCUCCACCUGGCCUGUGUCAACCUCCUGGUGGUGGGCAUCCGCUGCCUCCUUGAGACCAUUGCCUCCUUACGCCUGGCCUCCAUCUUUGGAGACUUGAGCUGCAGAGCUGUGAUAUUCAUUUACAGGACCUCUCGAUCGCUCUCCAUCUGGCUCACCUUCGUCCUGAGUGCGUAUCAGUGCCUGUGCAUCGCCCCUCCUGGGUCACGCUGGGCCUCUGCCCGUGCUGUCGUAGCUCAGUAUCUGGGCUUUGUGUUCCUCUUCCUCUGGGUGGUCAACACCUGUAUGAGCUCUGCAGCCAUCCUCUUCUCCUUCGGCACACAGAAAAACUCCAGCCUCAUAAGCCACGGCAUCAACGUGCAGUUCUGCUACGUUCACUUCCCGUCAAAGUUGUCCAAAGAGGCAAACGGAGCGGCUCAGGUCGGCAGAGAUGUUGUCCCAAUGACUUUAAUGACUCUCGCCAGUCUCCUUAUCCUCGUCUUCCUCUACAAGCACCGCAAACAGGUGAAGGGGCUCCGCAGCAGCAGUGGAGGAGGUGGUGGGGUUGGUGGAGGGGCUGAGCGCCGAGCUGCCAAGUUCGUGGUAGCUUUGGUGACCCUGUACGUUGUCCUGUACGGGGUGGAUAAUGGGCUGUGGGUGUACACUCUUACUUUGAAGAGGACAAUGACUUCCUCUCUGAUCUCUGACCUAAGGAUCUUCUUCUCCUCGCUGUAUGCGGCACUCAGCCCCCUCAUCAUCAUCGCGUCCAACAGGAAAGUGAACAGCAGGCUGAGGUGUGUGGUGCAGGAGAGAGCUGUUAAAGAAGGAACUUCAGGUCUCACUGCUGUGUGAGGCCCGCUGAUGAGACUGAAUCUUUCAAUGGUUAAAUAAAUUUACAAGUAUAUGUUCUGUUUUAGUCAGAUACAAAGUUGAGAAAGAAACAGUGCAAAUGUUUUCUGUUGCUUUGCUUUUUUUUCUGUCAACUUGAAUAUUUAUUUUCUGACAUCUCUACUCCUACAUUGCAUGUUCUACCUCAAACAAAGCCACUUUUUUUCAUCUGGUUGUGAAACAGAUUAAAACAGAAACGAAUGCCUCUUUAUGACAUACAAGAACAAGAGAGACAGUAAGCAACAAGACUGACUUCUCCUUCAAUGUAAGUUUUCAGACCUGAAGUGGCUGUGAGAGGUGUCAGACCAGGUGACUGAACGCUCGCUGAAGAAAGAGACAAAUUGUCUUGAGUUCAGGCCUUGGUUUUUCCAUGUGUGUUUUCUUUGUUUUAAGUUAUCCUUUGUCUUCCUCUUGUUAUUAAUGAUCCAUGUCAUGUGUUUUAGUGAAGUCCAUUGUUUCCUGUUUUAUUUCUAGUUCUUGAUCCGUGUUUCCAGUUUAGUUUUACUUCCUCUGCUUUGUUUCCCGCCCUUUUUGAUUGACCUAAUUAGUUCCACCUGUGUCCACACCUGUGUUAAUUACUCUCUGUAUUAAGUUAAUGUUUUUCCCCUGUCCUGGAUUUGAUCAUUGUAAGUCUUCCUUGUGUUCCCUUAUCUAGUGUCUUCUUUUGAAUUCAGUUUAUUGGACAUGUAAGUACAUUUGUUUGUGUUCUUUAGUUAUUAAAUCUUUACAUGCACAUGGGCCCUCGUCUG